GAAAUUCGUACGAAUUUUGUACACUAUCAUAUUUUCGUAUUCCUCUCUAUAAUCGCCUAUGCUGGUUGUGGGUUUCUCUCGCUAAUCAAAGUAUCGUCGAUAAUUGCCAUAAUGAAAUAUUGUGCUUUAUUAUUUCGCUUGGUAACUAUACAAAUACAGAGUUUAACUCAGCUGCCAAAGAACACCCCAAAAGCUCCCAAAUUGGCGGAAAUCGUUUGCCUCCACAACAGUGCAUUUGAAGCAACACAGCUUGCAGAAGAUAUCCUAAACAUCUCACUUAUGAUGCAGUUCAUGUCUACCGUAAUGUUCUGGUGUUUGACUAUGUUUUAUGCGUCAACGAACAUCAAUAUCUCACUGUGCAAUGUGUUGAUACUUUUUUUCCUGUCUCUGGUCGAAACGUAUGGUUAUUCCUAUUUGGGUCAACAAAUAACGGACGAAGCUGCGGCCGUCGAAAGUGCCAUCUACGAUUUGCCCUGGUACGACGAAUCCGUAGAGUUGCAGAAUAGCUACCGCAUGAUAUUGCGGAGAUCCCAGCAUGAGGUAGGAAUCACGGCUGCGAAAUUUUUCAUCGUCGGACUGGAACAGUUUGGAAAAAUAUCCCAAAUGUCGUACUCUUAUUAUUUGGUGUUGAAAGAUUCUCUUGCUUCGCUGUAAAGAUUCGUCGAUAACGUCGAAAAGAAUGAAAUAAAUAUUUACCUUUACCUUUAUACUACAUCACGGUGUAUUUUCCGAACCAUUCACCGAACAAACAUGACAUUAGUAUGGGAUAAACCUCGUGUACUAUCUACCCAGGUUAGCUGACGGUACGCAGGAAUAACGCAGGACAGACAAACGGUUCAUCAUGUGACAGAUGCGAGGACUGUGAAGAGAAAAUUUACGCUCACCAAUGCAGGAUACGGUAGCAAAUGAAACUAAAAUAUGAGCAAAUUGUGGCCCUUGUGUACCCAGCUCUGUUCAAUUAAAUUCUAAAAAAUCACGCGAAAAUGAGCAAUAGCCAUAAUAACAUUACGAAUUUACUAUACGCGAUAAACACCUCACCAAUGCUACAACAACUUUGUGACAUAUAU